AUCGGUAUCAUCCCAUAUCAAAUCAUGCAAGAUCCUCGUAUAAAUUCUAAAGAACCUUUAGAAAAUAAAGAAUCACGAUGGAUUGGAUUAUAUAAAUUAGAAUAUUCUGAUCCAAAAGGGAAUAAAAGGUUUUGGGAAAUCGCAGAAAGGAAAACGAGGGGAAGUAGUGAAUUAGAUGGAUUGGUUGAUCGAGAAGAAACUCCCGAAAAAGCAGCAUUAAGAGAACUAGAAGAAGAAACUGGGUACCAUGGUAAAAUUGUUUCUUCAUAUUACACAAUGUAUAGUAACGUAGGAAUGACAAAUACGAAUAAUAAAUUAAUUUUCGUUGAGGUUGAUUUGGAUGAUGAAAUUAAUAAAAAUCCACAACAAAAACUUGAAGAGGACGAAUUCAUUACCAUCGUAAUUGUUCCUAUCAAAAAUCUUUUUUCAACUUUACAGGAGUAUGAAAAGAAAGGGUACGGAAUAGAUUCGAACCUUGGAUCUUUCGCAUUAGGUUUACAUAUGUCUGCUUCUUUGUUGCAAUAAAAUUUUAAAAAAAUUUCACUUCUGUAAAAAUGUAUUUUAUUCCUAAUAAUAAAAUCAAACCAAAUAUAGUAAUAAUAUAUUUGAAAAUCUCGAAAAUUAAUUUUU